AAGUGGAGUAGACCCGCUGGCGGCUGGCAGGUUCGAAGCCGUGACGAGGGCGCUUGCAAUUGCACCGGGCCCGAUAUGUAGAGCCAGCAGAAGCCAGUGCCCGGGCCACCAGGCACCACGGGCUCCAGCGCCCGCACGUGCUGUUUCGGCCCACCCCACGGAAAAGCCGCUUGGACCCGCCAGACGCUCUUUUUGUCAUUUCCGCCAGCACAGCAGUGAGUAUACGCCGAUCCGCGGGCAGCAGGCGCCGUGCCGAAUUUUCGGGCCCGCUCGCCGGCCUUGCUCACAGGCUUGCAGAUUCGCACGGUGCGCCCAUCCAUACGGGCCAUCUCAGAACAAACCGCCCCAGAGUUCUCACGCACCAACGCCCAGCGACUUCCGCCAGGACAACAUGCUUCGACAGGGCAGGCACGCGACUCUCAAGCGGGGGCUUUUCCAGAGGCUCGCCAAGGGCCCGUUGAAGGAGGAACACGACACGCGGCACCACGAGUACUCCAUCACGCCCGAGACUUUUGCGUUCAAGGCCAACCACGACGUGCAAGUGCUGCGGCCCGGGGCCCUUUCGGGACGUUUGCGGAGCAUCAACGGCGCGGCCGGGCCCGCACAAACGGAGCCCCCGGCCCACCCGCUCCAGGCAGCAGGGGCCUCGGUGAACAUCUUGGACAGGAUGUUCCGGGGUGCCACCAACUACCCGUUCCAGGACCAGCGGCCACAGGAGGUUUUCGACCGGUACCCGCAGACCAACUCGGCGCGGAUGGCGCGGGCCAGGCACCGGCCCCGCAAGACCAAGAUGCUCGUGUCGGACUUUAUCGAGGACUCGCUAUACAACCCGCACUACGGGUACUUUUCCAAGGAGGUGGAGAUCUUCCACAACGACACGCCGUUUGACUACAACAACAUCCAGGACGUGGACCAGUUCAUGGACGAGUGGAAGAACGCGUACUCGCGCUACGACGCGGGCCCCGCCGCCCCGGGGUUCUCGGAGCACGCGGCCGGCGACCCGGCGGCGACGCAGCUUGCCGUUUUCGACAAGGAGCCCCUGCUUUCCCCCAAGCCCACGGACUCGCGGAUGGCCAAGUACGCCAAGAUCGUGCGCACGCAGGACGUCGUGGCCGCCGGCCGUCCGGAGUCCCAGAAGUCGCUCCAGUUGUGGCACACGCCGACCGAGCUCUUCUCGCCCUACUACGGCGAGGCCUUGGCGCGCCACAUCAUCGUCAACUACAAGCUCAACGGCUGCUACCCGUACGAGGACUUGGUCAUCUACGAGAUGGGAGGCGGGAACGGCACGUUGAUGUGCAACAUCAUGAGCUACAUCAAGGCCACCGAGCCGGACAUCUACACGCGCACGCAGUACAAGAUCAUCGAGAUCUCGUCGCAGUUGGCGGCCAAGCAGUUUUCGCAGGCGCUCACGGAACGCUUGGUCUCGCGCGGCUUGGACUCGCGCAAGCUAGAGAUCAUCAACAAGUCCAUCUUCAAGUGGGACAACACCGUCGACCAGCCGUGCUUCUUCAUUGCCUUGGAGGUCUUCGACAACUUUGCGCACGACGUGGUGCGCUACGACAUCUCCACCGGCGAGCCCUACGAGGGCCAUGUGCUCAUUGACAGCGAGGGCGACUUUUACCAGUUCUACACGCCGCAAUUGAGCCACUACACCGAGGCCUUCUUGCAGUUGCGGGAGAACGGCGACUUCCCCAUCUUGCCGCAAGUGGACAGUUUCCAGGGCACCCUCAAGAGGUUGCAGAGCGUGGUGCCUUUUGUCACCGACAAGGACAAGAUCCACCCGCUCCUUCACUCCACACGCAAGUUGGCGUGGGCCAACCGGCUCUUCCCCUUGAAGGACAACUUGAGCCCAGGCGAGUUCAUCCCAACAAGGCUCUUGCAAUUUUUCCAGAUCCUCAAGUACCGCUUCCCCAACCAUUCCUUGAUCUGCUCAGACUUCCACAGCUUGACAAACGCCAUUCCGGGCUAUUACAAUGCGCCCGUGGUCCAGACGGUGAUCCAGGACAAAAUGGUCGACGUGUCCACGCACUUGUGCCACCAGGGCUACUUUGACAUCAUGUUCCCCACCGACUUCAGUCUUGCCUGUGAUUUGUAUAGGAAGUGCACGGGCAAGUUGGCCAAGGUCGAGCUGCACCGCGACUUCCUCCACCAGUGGGCUGAUAUCGAGGCAACCACUACCAAGAAGGGCGACAACCCCAUGUUGGACUUCUACAAAAAUGUGAGCUUCAUGACCAGCUGAACGGCACCUGUAUAUAUGCGAAUUCCGAUCUUCAUUCACUAAAUAAGGCCAAUUGUAGCUUGGGGUUUUUACAAAAGAGCUGCCCAAUGCCGACCCGCAACAUAGGGCUCUUUGGUCGCCAAAACUUUGCUUGAGAAGAUCCCUUGAUUUGUAAAUCUACCGAUAGACCCGACCAAUCGCGUGGUAAGCAAAUUGGCCACCGGCUCUUCACCACCCAUUAAGCAGGAAUAGAUGCCACUGGUUUGACUUCACCCACGAUGUAUUAAGGGAUAUCAAUCAACCGGCUCACUCAGUCCAUCCGUGUAUAAGAGCUUUGAUUUUGUAGUACCCG